AUGGGUGAACUGGAAACUGGUAGAGGCUUGCAUCAAGAAUUUGGUCUUACUAGAGCUUGUGAUACUUGUUGGGGAUCCCACUACAAACCUUUUAGUAACUUUAUUCUUAUGUUUGGUUCAAUUGUUGAUGUACUUGAUGAUAGUAUUGUUGAUUCACAUUGUCCAGAUAAAAGUGCCAAGGCAAUGAGAUUUCUCGGAGCAUGUCAAACAUUUGAUGUUGCAUUCAUAUUGCAUUUGAUGAGAGAUAUUUUAGCAAUCACAGAUGGGCUUAACAAAUGCUUACAGAAAAAGGAGCAAGAUAUCGCAAAUGCCAUGCUACUUGUUCAACUAGCAAAGAAAAGGUUGCAAAAGUUAAGGGAGGAAGAAUGGGGUUCGCUUAUUAAUAAAGUAUCUAAAUUUUGUAUCAAGUAUGAAAUUUUGGUACCUAAUUUAGAUGAGCCAUACUUUACCUCUUUGAGAUCACGACGUAAACUUGCUGGUAGUACUGUCUCACCCCAUUAUUAUGUUGAAGUGUUUUGCAAAGUUAUUGAUUGGCAAAUUCAGGAGCUUUCUUAUCGUUUUGAUGAAGUAACGACUGAUUUGCUUUAUGGAAUUGCUUGUUUAAAUCCAAUUGACUCAUUUUCUAGUUUUGUUCUCAGGAAAAUAAUGAGAAUGGCUGAACAUUAUCCUGAUGACUUUGAUGAAUUUAGUAUGGGGGCUCUUGAGAAUCAACUUGCGAGUUACUUUAUUGAUGUUCGUGAUCUUGAUGAAAGGUUCUCCGAUCUAAAAGGACUUUGUGAUCUUUCAAAAAGAUUAAUUCAGACAAAGAAGCAUCCAAAUUAUCCUCUUGUAUUCCGCUUAGUGAAACUUGCCUUGCUUUUACCAGUUGCCACUGCAUUCGUUGAAAGAGCUUUUUCGGUAAUGAAGUUUAUCAAGAAUGACUUGCGGAAUCGAAUGAAUGAGGGUUAUUUUGGUGGUUGUUUGGUACCUUAUGUAGAAAAAGAUGUGUUUAAUAGGAUUUAUACUGAUGUUAUUAUAAAAACAUUUCAAGAAAUGAAAUCUCAUCGUGUACAGUUGUAG